AUUGACAAUAUGAGGAAAGGCAGAGAAGGCAGGGUGUAGGUAACGGAGUUUUAUUCUUGUCCUCUCCCUCAGCGGCUCGACGUUGCCGUGAUGAUGGAAUCUCUGCGAGCCCAGCGGCUGCAACCGGGAGUCGGGGCCACGCUGCGAACGCUGCGGCCAGGCGUGACCGUCUCCAUCCCCGCUCCAGCCGCCUCAGCGCCCCCUCCGCCGCUACCGCCGCCCCCUCCGCCGCUGGGGCUCGGGCUCACCUUGGGGCCUCCGCCACCGCCCCCUCCACCGCCCUUGCCUCCACUCCCGCCUCUCCCGCCGCCGCUCCUGCCGGGCGCGUUGGGCGUCUCCAUCUCCCCAGGAGGGACGACGACAGGGCCGCCCGUUGUGCUGAGGGAGGCCGUCGAGGCGGUGGUCAGGAGCUUCGCCAAGCACACGCAGGGAUACGGCCGCGUCAAUGUUGUAGAAGCUCUUCAGGAGUUUUGGCAGAUGAAACAAUCCCGUGGUGCAGAUCUGAAAAAUGGUGCUCUGGUGGUUUAUGAGAUGGUGCCAUCUAACAGUCCUCCUUAUGUUUGCUAUGUCACUUUGCCUGGAGGGAGCUGUUUUGGCAGUUUUCAGUUUUGUCCCACCAAAGCUGAAGCAAGGAGGAGUGCAGCAAAAAUUGCGCUGAUGAAUUCUGUGUUCAAUGAACAUCCAUCCCGGAGAAUCACGGAUGAAUUUAUUGAAAAAAGCGUCUUGGAGGCCUUGGCAUCUUUCAAUGGUAACAGAGAAGAGGCAGAUAAUCCGAGCACUGGCAUUGGUGCAUUCCGCUUCAUGCUGGAGUCAAACAAAGGGAAGUCUAUGUUGGAAUUCCAGGAACUGAUGACAGUCUUCCAGCUGCUGCACUGGAACGGUAGCCUUAAAGCCAUGCGAGAGAGGCAGUGCUCGCGACAGGAGGUGCUGGCUCACUACUCUCACCGUGCCCUGGAUGAUGACAUCAGGAACCAGAUGGCAAUGGAUUGGGUCAGUCGGGAACAAAAUAUCCCAGGGGCCCUUUCCAGAGAGUUGGCCUCUACAGAGCGGGAAUUGGAUGAAGCCCGGCUGGCUGGGAAGGAACUACGAUUCCACAAGGAGAAGAAAGACAUCCUGAUGUUGGCAGCUGGCCAGCUAGGGAACAUGCACUCUUCCAACUGUUAGGACCUCAGGAGAGCCAUUCUGCCUCUCCUCUCCCCUCCUCUUCCAUAGAGCCAGGCUGUUAAAGGGAUCUGACCUAGUUUUAACAAAUUUUGAGGAUGCAAAAUAAGCAAAUUGAUUUUUUAAAACAAGAUUUGCCAUUAUACACAUACCGUUGAAUAUCAAAGGGGAUAUUCCUGUUGGGUUGUAAAGUACUGAAGCUGGCAAAUUGAUUGUCUUUUUUCCUAGUCAGAGUCCAGAUGCGUGUAUACAUCAAUUGGAAUGCACAAUGAGCAUUUCAGAAUCUGGAAAUUUUGCCAAAUUUUGUAUUUGCUCCAUCUUUGUUUAGGCUGUAAUCUGAACCAUGUUACGAGUGCACAGAUGCCUUCUUUUCAAGAACUGUGGCUUGUUUGCACAUAUUUUAAACUUUUUGGUUGACAUUUUGUAUAAUUUUUGUACUUGGGUUUCCUUAGUUCAUGUAUACUCUUUGCUGGAGGAUUUUUUUGAGUCUGAGCACCUUUUAAAUGUAGCCCUUUCAGUGUUAAACACUUAGCCCUCCAUUCUUUCCAGGUCUUGUACAGCUAUCAGUAUUAAAUGUAAAUGUAGCAUUUCCUAGAGAAUACCAGCUUGUGCCCCAGAUUUGAUACAUAAUGAUUCAUGAGGCCAUUUAUUUUUCACGCUAGGUACUUUUAAGUGAACCUGGCUUGGUAUUGUCUCCCCUCCCUCACUUACCUGAAAAGCACAGCACUUAAACAGCUCUGUUGCAAUAACCUCUGGCUUGUGCUAGAGUUGUGAUUCAGUUGUGUUGCCUCAGUAUUUGUGGCAUCUUGUUCUGACAGGUAUCUCUGCAAAAUUUCACAUAGUAUGAAGAUUUGACUUGUGGAUACUGAAAACCGCAGUGAGUUUCAGAGAGUUUUAGAUGUCCACACAUAAUGGUAUUACUUUUCUCUUAUUUGUCCCAUCAGAUCUGUCCAGUGGCUUUUCUGUGGCUUACACUCAGUGGGAAUAUCUGUGCCAAAGAACAAGACUUGAGGUGCUUAAAGGAGUUGUCAUGGCUUUGGGGGAGAUUAAUUAAUCGAGUAAUUAAGUUUAAGUAGAGAGUUCAUAGCCUUUAACAUUUAAGCCUCUUUCUAGCUGCUUCUUACUGUAGUAGGUAAGUAGAUAGAAAGGCUGCUUCUAAGGCACUCAGUAGCUGUUACUCCUCAAGCAGAACCCGUGCCUCUCGUACCAGUUUGUCUUUCUGAGUCUAUAAUUACUUUAGGCUACAGAUGUUGCUGUAGACUUGAGGUUGCCAAUGACAAACCUAGUCAGUGCAUGCUAUCGUAUCAGCCGCAUUUAUUACCAGAAUAGAGUUUGUGCCAGAUCUGGUCCCUUAAAAGAUCAUAGCAAGAUCUCUGCUCUGGUCCCAUUUUGCUCACAUGGUUUCCAUUAGCCAGUGUGUACAUAAACCUCCUGUGAACUGAGAUGCUUGGACUCCUCAACAUAUUGUGGGUAGAUCAGCCUAAUGCGUCUUGGGAAAUGUGUGUGACAGUCUUGAGUUUGCCUGCCACGUAGUAAUUAGAGCUACUUUCUGGUGAAACGCGCAGCAUUGAAAGGAUUUAACUGUGCAGUUGGGGGAAGGUAGCUUCUUCAGAGAUUUUCAGAUCUUGCUUGAACAGAACAUUCCUAGGAUAAAAAACUUUUAUAUGUGCACUUUUUAAAGAGAGGGGGGGAGACUGAAACUAGAAGCAGGACUCUUAAGUAAAAACACUGACUAUGUAUAUAUAUAGAUAUAGAUAUUAGCUUGAAGCAAGCUUCAUAUUCACAGGUAAUUUGCAGGUCAUAUGUACUGAAGCCCUGACCUGGAUGGUCCAGGAUAGCCCAAUCUCAUCAGAUUUCUGAAGCUAAGCAGGGUUGGCGCUAGUUAAAAUUUGGCUGAGAGACCACAGGGAAGCCCAGGGUUGCUAGGUGGGAAAAAGCAACAGCAAACCACCUCUGCUCUGAAAACCCUAUAGCAGAGGUGGCCAACCUAUGGCACUCCAGAUGUUCAUGGACUACAAUUCCCGUCAGCCCCUAUAGGGUCGUCAUGAAUCAGCUGUGACAUGGUGGUUUCUCCCAUGUAUUGAUUAGCUAGAGACACUCUGGUUCAAGCAACAGUAAAACAUAAGGAAAUCAUGACAGCCGCUUAAUCUUUUAACUCUGCUGCACCAUCAUUAGAACACUAGGAUUGCUUUAUUUGACUUUGUUCUGCAUGUGAAUAAUUCCUAUCUGAAACUUUGCUGCUAAAGCUUGGUUUUGUAAAAUACCAACCAAUAAUGAUAAGCGACAAAAAGACAUGGCCAGCCAGUAAUCUCUCUGAGGGGCUACGUAACAAUCAGUUAACACUAAAGUGGGACGUUUAUUUGAGCUGUGAGUCCUUGUGCAGUGAAUUUUUGGAUACCUUAAAUUUACUCUGUUUAGGAGCCACUUCUAGGAUAACAUCUUAAUACCUUGCUUAUUAUUUUAGGUUGGUGCCACGUGGCACUUUCCCCUUAUCUUGCAAUUAUGGGGCUGGUUUCAAAAAGGCGUUGUAAAGAAAAAAAAAUUAUCAGUGGUUCAGAUCUUAAUGUAGCUUAGGACAUGGCUGAGCCAUACUGGAAGGCUCAACUGUAGGGCUGAAUGUAUUUCCAGGGAGAAAGUACAGAGUUCGUUUUACCAUGUGAGUGUUCCCACCUCAAGUGCCCAGGGUCUAGCCAUUCCUUCUCUUCUGAAGCACAUAAUUCAUCCCAGUGAUGCAGACUUGAGAUUAAUCACAGUGUUCACACAAACCAAAACCCCGUUACCGUUUACAAGGCAGCAUGAGAAGGUUUUUGGGGCUAUUCAAUAUGUUUUUAUCCCGUCCUUCCUCCAGUUAGCUCAGGGUGAUAAACAUGGAUGUCUCUUCACCAUUUUUUAUCAUCGCAAAAUAGGAUAGGCUGCCUACCCCAGCAUCACUCAGCUUUAUGGCAGUGGGAGAGAUUUGAAACUGGGACUCCACCUCUACUCAGACACUAGCUGCUAGGCCAAUUUGGCUCUCUGCACUUUUGAUCUUGACAUUGCAGGUGAACAAACUACGGGAGGGAGGACGAAAAGAAGUGAAGGGUGGUUAACUUGCCACUUCUGUUCUACCCUUGCGGACCUUAAAUCUCAGCUUCAUUCAGCAUUGUUGGAUUCCAGUGAAUCAUAAAAUACUAAGUUCUUUUAACUCCCAUUUCAACGGUUGCCACUGGGAAAUUUUUUCUACAGCCAGUUUUCAGCAAUAAUUCUUUUUGAUGUCUCGGCUUUCCAUACGUUUCUUGCAACCAAAAUUGGCCUGGCAUUGCCACACCUCCCAUCCUAAAAGGAUGGCAGCCCUGACAAGUGUGCAAAAAGUACUGGUUAUGUACUUGGACAUUUGUGUGGCUCACUCAAGAUUGGAAUGCAGUUCUGUGCAGAAAUAGCACUUUUAGGGUGUUGUGGGUUUUCCAGGUUGUAU